AUGUCAAUUAGAGAGAUUGCUGUCACAGCUGACCCACACACUGACCUCUGCACAAGCAGACAACAGUAGUACUACUUACAGGUAAGCAAUGCACAGACAGGGAUGCUAUAUCGCUUCACUAUUGUCAGCUUUACCAAGUAUAACAGCCUAUCUAAAUAUGGCUUGUGGCCAUUGUUGUACUCAGAAGUUAAUGCAAAGACACAGCAUAAGAAAUGGCUGGUGAAGGACUGGAAAUUAAUCAAGCAUUAGAAAAACAAUGUGAGGCAAAGUGGACAUCAUUAUUUCUCACUUUGGAUGUUCCAGUUUCCUCAUGACCAAAACACCUGCUACUUUGCCCACUAUUAUCCUUACCCCUACUCCAAUCUGUAGGAGUAUCUGGGGGCCAUCUCUAAAGAUCCAGUGAAGUCCAAAUUCUUCAAGAUUCACAUCUUAUGCCAUUCACUGGCAGGAAACACCAUCAUCAUCAUCACCACCACCCAUCCCCCUCCAAAAGUGACAAGGAAGGCUGUGAUACUGACGGUAAGGGUGCAUCCAGGAGAAACGAGUUCCUGGAUAAUGAAGGGGUUCAUGGAUUUCAUUCUUGGAAGCAAAGCUCAACUCCUGUGGGACAAUUUUAUCUUGAAAGUGGUACGAAUGUUGAAUCCAUAUGGUGUGAUUGUGGGAAAUCACCACUUUUUAACAGGCCAUGACUUGAAUUGCAAAUAUAGAUCUAUUGUAGAGGAAUGUUACCCUUCCAUCUGGUGUACCCAAAACAUGAUAAAAAGAUAA